AUGAAGGGGACAAAUGUUAGCCACCCAGCAGGUUUCAUCUUGCUGGGCUUUUCUGACCAGCCCCAGUUGGAGAUGUUUCUCCUUCUGGUCAUUUCUAUCAUAUACAUUCUGACAUUGAUGGGGAACACAGCUAUCAUACUGAUCUUAUACUUGAACCCCAAACUCCAUAUACCCAUGUACUUCUUCCUGUCUAAUCUCUCUUUCCUGGACCUCUGUUUCACUACCAGUAUUGUCCCACAGAUGCUUUGGAAUCUCAAGGGCCCUGAGAAGACCAUUAGCUACACUGGUUGUGUGAUCCAGCUAUACAUUGUUUUGGGGCUGGGCUCCACAGAGUGUAUCCUCCUGACUGUUAUGGCCUAUGACCGCUUCAAUGCUAUCUGUCGACCCCUGCAUUAUGGUGUUAUCAUGCACCCCAAGCUUCUUUGGCAACUAGCAGCUGUGGCCUGGAUCAGUGGUUUUGUGGAGGCCACAGUUCAGACCAUCCUUGUUUUCCCAUUGCCUCUCUGCAGCCACCACAUGGUGGAUGAUUUUAUGUGUGAGGAGCCUGCCCUCAUUAAAAUUGCCUGUGUGGACACAACCUUCCUGGAAAAUGAACUCUCUGUAGCUAGUGUCCUGUAUGUGGUUUUACCUCUGGGACUUGUUUUGGUCUCCUACGGCUGCAUUGUGAGGAGUGUGCUGAGAAUAAAAUCAGCUGAAAGCAGAAGGAAAGCAUUCGGGACCUGUGGGUCUCACGUGAUUGUUGUGGUUUUGUUCUUUGGGACUAUAAUUUCCGUCUACAUACAACCCAAGAGCAAGCACACACAGAAGCACAGUAAAUUCCUCACCCUCUUCUAUACUGUAUUGAUUCCCUCACUUAAUCCUUUGAUCUACACUUUGAGAAACAAAGAGGUUAAGUGGGCUCUGUUAAGGCUGCUGCUAAGAGACUCAAAAUAGGGAGAAAUGUGAAAUACACUUGUCUCAGGAAAAGGCAACUUUCAGUGCAGUCAGUGAGACAGAGGCAUUAUUUUAAUCUUGAUAUCUAUACCAACAGAUAUAUUUUUUUGAGAAAAA